AUGGCUGAUAAGUACAAUGCUGAAUCCGCUGAAACAUUGGCAAAUAAUGCUCAGGCUUUGCCUAUUGCCAAAGCCACACAUAUCUACGAACAGCUUCUGCAGUUAUUUCCAACAGCUGCCAAGUUUUGGAAGCAGUAUGUGGAGGCACAAAUGGCUGUAAAUAAUGAUGACGCUGUCAAGCAGAUUUUUAGUCGCUGUUUGUUGAACUGUCUUCAAGUUCCUCUAUGGCAGUGUUACAUUCGUUUCAUUAGAAAGGUCAAUUUCCAGAAGGGUGCCGAGGGUCAAGAAGAGACCAUAAAAGCCUUUGAAUUUAUGCUCAACUAUGUCGGAGUUGACAUAGCAUCCGGCCCCGUGUGGGUGGAGUACAUAUCAUUUCUAAAAUCAUUGCCGUUGCAGCCUGUACAUGAACAAGAAGAAUCAUAUCAGAUGACUAUUAUUAGGAAUGUCUAUCAGAGGGCUAUUAUUACUCCUACCCAUCAAAUCGAACAACUUUGGAAAGACUAUGAAAAUUUUGAAAAUUCUGUCAGUCGUCAGCUGGCUAAAGGACUGAUAUACGAAUAUCAACCAAAAUAUAAUAGUGCAAGAGCAGUUUAUAGGGAACGAAAAAAGUAUUUUGAUGAAAUUGAUUGGAAUAUGCUUGCUGUACCACCAACUGGAUCCAACAAGGAAGAAAUGCAGUGGAUGGCAUGGAAAAGACUUCUAUCUUUUGAAAAAGGAAAUCCACAGAGAAUGGACAUCCCUUCCUCCAACAAACAAGUUACAUUUACUUAUGAGCAGUGUCUCAUGUAUAUGUACCAUUAUCCUGAUAUAUGGUAUGACUAUGCUACAUGGCACGUUAAUGGUGGCUCGAUAGAUGCUGCAGUUAAAGUAUUUCAAAGGUCUCUGAAGGCUCUUCCUGAUUCGGAAAUGCUACGAUAUGCCUAUGCAGAGCUAGAGGAAUCUCGUGGAGCAAUCCAGGCUGCAAAGGAAAUACAUGAAAGCGUUUUGGGAGAUGGUGACAAUACAACUGCACUUACACAUAUUCAGUUUAUUCGUUUUCUAAGAAGAACUGAAGGUGUUGAAGCUGCUAAAAAGUACUUUCUGGAUGCUCGCAAAUCCUCAACUUGUUCAUAUCAUGUUUACGUGGCUUACGCGUCAGUAGCCUUUUGUCUUGACAAUGAUCCUAAGAUGGCUCAUAAUGUUUUUGAAGACGGAUUUAAAUGCUUUAUGCAUGAGCCCGUCUAUAUUCUCGAAUAUGCUGAUUUCUUGACUGGUUUGAAUGAUGACCGAAAUAUACGUGCUUUAUUUGAGAGGGCAUUGAGUUCACUUCCUCCAGAGAAAUCGGUUGAGGUUUGGAAAAGGUUCGUUCAAUUUGAGCAAACUUAUGGAAAUCCUGCUAGCAUGCUCAAGGUUGAGCAAAGAAGGAAAAAAGCGUUUGGUGAAGAUGCAACAUCAGCAUUAGAGAGUUCUCUGCAAGAUGUUGUAUCACGUUAUAGUUUCAUGGAUCUAUGUCCGUGCUCUUCUAAUGAUCUUGAUCAUUUAUCCCGACGAGAGUGGCUGGCCAAAAAUCUCAAUAAGAAAGUGGACUUGUCUAUUAUUCCUAGUGGCACCACUCUUACAGAUAAGGCAUCUGCUGCAAACAUUUCAAAUAUGUCAUCAAAGGUUGUCUAUCUUGAUACUUCAAAGAUGUUGGUAUAUGAUCCAAAGCAGAAUCCGGGUACAGGUGCUGGCACAAAUGCAUUUGAUGAAAUUCUUAAAGCUACACCACCUGCUUUGGUUGCAUUUUUAGCAAACCUACCCACAGUUUAUGGUCCAACUCCAAAUGUGGAUAUCGUACUGUCGAUUUGCUUACAGAACGACCUUCCAAUGGGACAAAGUGGUAAAAUUGGGAUUCAAUCGCAAUUGCCAGGAGGUCCUGCUCCUGCUACAAGUGAACUUUCUGGUAGCAACCAUUACGGGAAAAGAAAAGAAUUAGACAGACAAGAAGAUGAUGAUGCUACAUCUCUCCAAAGCCAACCACCUCCUCGCGACGCUUUCCGGAUACGGCAGUUCCUGAAAGCUCGAGCUAACAGCACAUCACAAACGGGAUCAGUUUCAUGUGGAAGUGCACUUUCUGGCGAUUUAUCUGGCAGCACCAGUAGAUAA